UACAUCCACAACCACCAUAUACCCCAGCAAAUACCGUAUGACCCUAGACCAGACUGAAAAUCAGGCUUUGUCACCCCACUCUUCCGUUGAAAAUCCACAACACCCAUUUACAAAGAAACCUUGCAACAUGCAAGAUUUGCGAGGAUGGCCCUUCCACAACCAAUUUACUGGAAUGUCGGAAUGGUUUCCCCAAAAGCUUGAACAUCACUCCCGACGCUGAUUUCAGCUCACUCCUUCCGUGCCUUUCAAGCGAGCCGAGACUUCUCGUGCAGCUUUUCGACGGACUAUUCUGGAUGCUAACUUUCCGCUCCCAGAGGAGCCCACAAGGGGCGGUUCGUUAUCACCUGUUAUAGGGCGUAGCACGGAGGCACCAUGUAACAAUACUUUCACUUGCUUCCCGUGCUCAAGGCACCGUUUAUGUCUGUUCUACAGAAUAUAGCUACUUGAAAAUUCCCAGGAUAAUGCUUCUUUCGCUGUAUUCUUUAUGAACCAUCGGCAUCCGGCACUUUGAUCUACAAUGCUCGAGUCUGAAUGUUUGAACCCCUCCACUUUGACAUAAUUAUAACGUGGCGGAUGUCUGGUAUUUGCUUUUGUUUGGACUAACGAUUCGAGAACCUGUGCUAUGUCGAUGCCGACGACUGGCUUGGUGGUGCCACCGGGUCAAUCACCACCAUUUGCUGUUGUGACGAGUACUGAUCAUUCGGCGUGGAUCAUUAUCGCAACGGCAUUGGGGCUUUCUUGCCUCUUGGUAUUCAGUGGGAUUAAGUCUUUCGCUAGGACUUCGAUGGGAAAAGGAGUCAGUUAUGAUGAAAUAUGUCUCUUGGCUUCAUCGCUGCUGGCAGCUAUUCAAUCAUCGGUAAUAUUGGGAGCCUGCGCUAAAGGUUUGGGCAAAUCCAUCGAGCUUAUAUCAGUCAAGAAUCAAGCCCAGAUAGAGCAAAUGUGGUACACGAGCUUGCUGUUGUUUAUUAUAUCCCUCGGAUUGUCUAAAACAUCAGUAGUCGUCCUAUUAGCCAGUUUGACCCCAGAUCAGAAACACAAGAAAAUCUUCCGCAGCGUGAUCGGUUUGACGGCUACUUGGACAAUUGCGAGUCUGCUUGCGGUGGCUUUACAGUGCGAUUUGGCUGAUCCGUGGAAAACCAUCGGACAGCAUUGUGAUAACGUGUCUUUAAGAUGGCAGGUCAUAUCUGCUUUUGAUAUUGUUUUCGAGCUCGCAUUUGUUGCUUUAUCAUUCUACCUAGUAUGGAGUCUCCGGACAAGCAAAUCGAAUAAAACUAUUGUCGUUGUGGCAUUUGGGUUUCGUCUUCCUAUGAUCAUCGCCAUUGCGUACCGACUAGCCAGAUUUGAUGCAAAUGGAUUAACCACGAACCCAAUGUUUCUCGAGGAUGAAUUUAUAAUAUGGACACAGAGCGAAAUGAACUAUUCCGUCAUUGCCGCCAUUAUACCAAGUCUUCGACCUUUUGUCAAGAAUCUUUCUACAUAUUACGGCCAGGAGCUAGGAGGAAGAUCAGGAUAUACAUUGGAGGAUUCAGAGAACUAUCAACUUUCCAAUCUAGGAUCCGCCAUGCGAAAUGAAAGCCAUCACCGAGAGAGCAGAAUUCGAGGAGAUGUGGAUCCAGACGAUUAUAAAUUUCGAGUUUGGGCAAACGAGCCAGAACGAGGUGCGAGGAAAGGCAAGAAUCCGGGAGAGGGAAGUUCGAAAUUAUGGAAUAAAGCCGGGGAAGAAGGAACUGAUGGAUUGAGUGUGGGGAGUAGUGAUUCGCAGCGGAUGAUCAUCAAGAAGGAUACUACAUGGACGGUACAGAUGGAGUAAUCAAUGAUAGACAUGGCCAUGGGAAAGGGUAAUGGGAGGCCUUCUGUAUUGCAAUGGUAUGGCGUCGUCAAUGGAGUCAGGGAUAGAAGCGU